CCACCUUCCCACCUCAAUCCCUAUCAACCCAUUCCCCAGCUAACCAACAUCAUUCCCACACACACAGAUCCUUCUAUCUCCUCUCCAAGCGCCACCACCCGGACCACAACCCCACCGACCCCACCUCCCCAUCCCGCUUCAUGCGCAUCUCCGAGGCCUACUCAGUCCUAGGCCACGCCGACAAGCGCGCGCGGUACGACCGCGACGUGAUGCGGCGCCGCCACCACGCACACCCCGUUCCGCACGGCAGCAGUCGCAGCAGCAGCAGCAGCGGCCCGGCGGGCGGCCGCCCGGCCUCAGGCCUGAGCAGCCGGCGCCGUAGCUCCUCAUUCCAAGGCCCGCCGCCGAGUUUCUUCCGCUCCGGCGGGUGGGGCGCGCACGGUGCCAAGCGGCGCGCCGCGCACGAGGAGAGCACGGGCGCCAGCCACAGCUUCGCCGGGGCCGGGGCCGGCGCCGGGUACGGGACUGACAGCCACUCCCCGCAUCGCCAGCAUCCCGGUUCCUCCUCUUCUUCCUCCGCUUCGGGUUCCGGUGGCACGGGCGGGAUGGGGCCGGGGCAGGACCCGUUUGGGCACGGCGGGGACGUGCCGCACUUUGAUCGGGAGGCGCACGAGCGGGCGCAGCGGCGGGGUGAGGAGCGGCGGGCGCAGCGCAUGGCGGAGCGCAUGGGGGUGCGUCUGGAGCCCGAGCCGUCCCCGGUAACGAGCUUUUGGCUGGUGUUGGGUGUCUUGGGGGCCGUGAUCGCCGGUACUGUCGGGGUACACGCUAUCGCUGGCUGGGUGUCGGGGCCCAAGCGGCCCGGGCCGGGUCAGGUGCCAAAGGAAGGAGGAGAACGGGAGAGAGAGAGGAGGGGGAGGUGAGGUGAAACUGGAUAUCAUGGAGUUGGAAGCAAAUGGGUGAUGGAUGUAUAAUCUCUGGGAAAUGACACUGGCGUUACUGGGUUAUUGGUCGAGUUUGAACAAAAAACGAUAUGAUAAAAUCCUGCAGGACUCGUAUAUUGAUUUCCAUACAUACAUUGAGCGUCCUCUAGACUACGCCUGGCUCGCACCGAAUC